AUGCUAAAUUUCUCUCGUCCCAUUACAACAACAAGCAACGUUAAUUACGAAUCUGUAUACUCUGUAUUUAAUCCUCCAGUUUUUCCGUUUAGAAAGCAAUCUGUUAGAAUCAUUAAUAGCAAGAAUGGACUAGUAGAGUAUGAAAUUAUUGCCAAGUUGGAAGGUGUAGAGACUCUUUUCAAUAAUGGAAAAAGAGAAGAUGGUGCACCAAAAGACGAUGUUGUAAAGAAUGUUAUUCAUGAAUUAGCUCGGUCAUAUCCGAUCGAAAGCGAAGAUGUUACAGUUGAAAGCUUUGCUCUUUACCUUGCCAAACAUUUGUUGAAAGAAUUUGAACAAUUUGUAAAUAGUGUUGCUUUAACUGUAGAAAUGAGCGAGUGGCCUCAUUUGGACAAGGACAAUGAAAAUGGUUUAUUUAAGAACCAACCUGAUUCCGUUAGAUUUGCCCAUCUCAAUCAAACUAGAGGCCAUGAACCCCAACUAUGUAGCGGAAUCAAGCUCUAUGAAAUUGCUGGUAAUCAAUCGUUGCAAUUGAAUUCAUUGCAGAAUGGUGCUGGCAAAAUGCCACUUCAAGCUAUCUGGAAGUAUUCCAAUGUUGACAUGGAUGAGUAUCUCAAGCAUGACCAAGGUGACGCUCAUUCCACCCUUGAUUUCAAUGAUAUUUUCAAACAAGUGAAACAUUGUAUUGUUGAUUGUAUUGGUGAUUUGGAUAUGAAAGGACACCACUCUCUAAAUCUUCAUCAAGUUUGCAACGUUAUUUUGGAGAGAGUUCCUCGUGUUAAAAGUAUUCAUCUCUCUGCUCCCAUGGCUAGAAACACUGAAACAGCAACAACCAGUAAUAGCAGAUAUAGAAAUGAUGUAUGUCAGACAUUUAGUGAGGCAUUUGUAUCGAGAAAUGUUACCUUGCCUCUUCACUAUCUCCCUGCCCGUCAUUUGGCUCACCAUCAUCAUUGGGGAAAUCAUCUCCAUCGCAUGAAUCGUGACUUUCAUGUUGGCAGGCGUGACUUUGUCUCCAAAUUGUAA